AUGCCCUGGCCAGGUAUUUACAGAAACAAGUUUUCCGAUCCAGAUUUCUUCAGAAAUAAAAAUAUGUUCACACAAAACUUUACUUUAGGGAUGCUGCAUUCCUCAUCUAGAACACCACUAACACGAUUACAGAUAGGUUUUAUGUAUUAUACAUGCGUACAUGUAUUCAGUAUAAACGUGUCUAUAUAUAUUUACCAGUAAUAUGUUUUUCCUGUAGCGGUAUUUGAGUAAGCAAUGCUUUGUGUGCCUAAAAUAAUGUUUCUAUUGGUUGUUUUAAGGCAGAAAGGUUUAAAGUGGACUUUAUUAACUAUUCUCACAGUAAGUUCGAGAGUUUAACGUGGGUCAAGAGGUCACGCGGGUGGUGUUCUGUUGGGCGUUGGCUGUCUCAAACUGGAAGCCAUAUUGCCCUUGCCAGUGAAGUACGUGGCCCUGUUUGAAUGGGAUGUUUGUCACACGCUUCGUUGGUUGAGAAUGAACCGGUCUCCCUCAGCAGACAGGAUGGGUCUCUGACAACUCGAGCUGUGUUUUUCAGCGUUUUCACAGUGAAGAGGAUUACACUAACAUGUGGUGGGAUCCAUACGUACCUUGCAGGACACCACACGUAUAACUUACAUCUGCAGAUAUUUUCCAGUUUCAUGAGUGAGGAAUGUCCGGUCAGUGAUGCUUCCCACGCCGAAUGAAAUCCUAGUCUUGUGCUUAACACACAACAGAUCUUUAUGAAGCUGAGAGGUGCGGGUCAAAUCAAGAAGCAAUGAAAGAUUCAUAAUUUGCAAGACACCACCAGUACCUUGUUUCCGUCAUCAGUAUUCCUCCUAUGUGGUUCACUGCAUGGUUAGCAUUAGCGUGGCAUUGUAACCAUGACAGCCAAUCAGAGUGUAUUGUUCCGGGUCAUGGUAGCAGUAAGUUUUGGCAUAACACUAUUUCUAAUAGGUUAUAUCAGCUCUCACUUUAAACCAAUCAAAGACCUGGAGGUAGCAUUGGACUCUGAAAAUACAGAAUAUCACCACCCUCAUCCCAUAAGAGUUGACAAUUAUGAAUCCAGAUGUCCAAGCGUUCUGCAGAACAUGACCCAAGGUCAUUGGAGGACAAGACAGCUUACAGAGGCCCAAAAGAAUCGAUCAUAUCAGUAUUUUUACCAGAAAGGCGUACCCAAAUCCCUCCAGAGACCUGACAAUCGAUGUGGCAACGUAGGCUAUACAAACGUGACGACUUUCCUUCGAGCAAUUUGCAGUCCCACAGGGCCGACCCCAUGCUGCUACAACUUCAAGUGUGUUAAAAAGACAGAAGCCCAAUGUCGGUGUAAAAAUUGUUGGGAUAUUCGACAGCAGAUUCAUGCAGAAUAUUCCACCUGGACACCAUCCGAUCCCCGAUGUCGGCCACAACAAUAUAGUGCCAAUCAGACCUGCCACUUGUUGGAUGGCGGAACUAUCCGCUUCUUUGGGGAUUCCCUGGUGCAACACAUUUACACAGCCUUCCUGAUGACUGUUCGAGGCAACUUCAAAGAUGGGGGUAUUAGGCCAAGCGACACCAGAGUUUGGAAGAAGAGAUGCCCUGGGAUGAACAUGUUCAGACAAAUAAUGUGCAUGGGACGAUUGGACGCAAGGCCAAAUAUAUGUAGCGGCAGGGUGAAGCUCACCUGGAAGGAACACUACCUCAGCGGGAAAUGGCCAGAACUGAUCAAUGAGGUUACUAACAGCUUAAAUAACCGGAGGACCUUGUUCGUAGUUAGCAUAGGUAUUCAUGAAAAUUAUAACUCGACUAAUGUUCAGAUGCAAUACCUAAAGCCAACUUUGGAUAGGUUACGAAAGAUUGGCAUUCCCUGGCCAAAGGUGUUAUUUGUUGAUAUGAAUGCUCCAGGAAUAAUGAAACGUUCAGAUAAACAGUCAAAACCACAAGUCCUUCGAUUCAAUCAAGAUAUGGAGAAGUUUCUGAAUGAGUAUGCGGUACCUGUUUUAAAAACAUUUAACAUGACGGAUGGCGUGCAAAGCUUUGAUGGGACACAUUAUGAUUUGGAAGUGAAUGUCGUGAAGGCAAACAUUCUCUUGAACUAUAUACAGGAGCUCAGUGAUGCUGGUGUUUGGUAGCUGAUUGCGAUAGUUAACACUUACAAUAUAUUGUUGUGUGGGGUAUAUACGUUUUGUGGUGCUGUAAAAUUGUAGAUUACAAGGGCUUUAAAUGUAUUCGUGUGGGAUGACCUUUUAUUUGCGAGGACGAAUGUAUGAGGAUCGACUUGACCAUGUCGCCAUAAUCUGGUCACGUGAUAAUUCCGAGGACCAAUGUAUCGGCUUUUCAUGGCACAGUGUAUCUGAUUGAGUGUCGCACUGAUCUGGUCACGUGAUAAUUCCGACGUUUUGGCACACAUCUUUUACAUACAUCUGUUACCGUACUUUUGCUCCAGUGUAUACUAGCUGAUUUGUUCUUGGAAUAUUAUGUACAUAGAGAGGCAAAGAUGGUCGUUCGGUCUGUUCCUAUAGCAGGUUUUGCAGGUGCUUGUAGUAUAAGUCAGAACAGGAACUGAACGAGCCCCAAUAUCAUCGUCAUUUGUAUGGGUGAGAAUGCACUGUCCUGCGGUUGUUAAGGUGCUGGAACAUGCAGCAUUGAACAAUACACUCACUGCAUAUUUGAAUAAAAAAAAUCCAGAC